AUGGAGCUUAAUCUGAGCUAUAAGGAUGUUUCUAAAAUGAAGUCUUUAACUGAUAAAUCCUUUGAUCCCAUAAAAGAUGCACCCUAUGAGAGACAUCAACAUAUCCCAUUUAGUUUAGUUGCUCAUGCAUGCCAAAUCAUUGAGGAAUGCAAAGGAGAGAAAUCUCAGGAUCUAGUCAAAGAGAUCUUGGCCAAUGUCUUCAGGACAGCCAUUUGUCUCAAACCCGCUGAGUUAAUUCCUCUAUUCUACUUCUUCAUUUGUAGACUUGGGCCUGAAUAUGAAGGAAUCGAAACAGGAGUCGGAAAUGAAAUGGUCGUUAACGCAGUAACUCAAGCUUGUGGGAAGUCUAAAACAAAAAUCAGAGAAGAAGUCAAAAAGAUCGGAGAUCUUGGGACUGUAGCAGCAGAAAGUAAAGGAAGCAUCAAAUCUCUGGCUAGCUUCUUCAAGCCUAAAACUCCUAAAAUUGAUAAAUCAAUGACUGUUCUCAGAGUCUUCGAGACAUUUAUGAGUAUUGCAAAAAGAAAAGGGAGUUCUUCAGUGGGAGACAAGACAAACUCAAUCAUGAAAUUAUUUACAGACUCUAAACCUGAGGAGGUUAAGUACAUCAUCAGGUGGCUCGAAGGUCAUUUAAAGAUAGGAGCUGCUGAGAAAACAGUCGUGUCUGCUCUUGCAAGAGCAUUUACUUAUACUCCAGGAGAUCCCAAAAAUUUCCCUCCUUCCAUUCUAAAUUACAGGAAAAAGAAGGGAGAAACUAGGUUUAAUGAAAGAGAAGCUGAGUUAGAUGAAACUAUUAAAGAAGCAGUCUGUGUUUUUCCUAAUUAUGACAAAAUGAUUGAGGCUCUCCUUGAACUAGGAGAUUCUCAUGUCGAAGAACUGCCCAAAAAAUGAUAUAUGAGAGUCGGAAUCCCUGUCAAACCCAUGCUUGCGAAGCCCACUACAGGAGUCAAUGUAAUCUUAAAAAGAUUUGAUGGCAUAAAGUUCACUUGUGAAUAUAAAUAUGACGGAUUCAGAGGGCAAAUUCAUUACCAAAAGCAAGAUCCUGAUGAUCCAACUAAGAAGAAGAUUGGAAUCUUCUCAAGAAACCUUGAAAACAUGACUGAAACCUAUCCGGAUGCUAUUCAGUAUUUAUCAGAAAACGUAGAUGAAAAAGUUGACAACUUCAUCAUUGACUGUGAGAUUGUACCAUAUGAUAUUAGAAACAAGAAGAUUUUACCUUUCCAGCUCCUCACAACGAGGUCCCGGAAAAAUGUAGACAUCAAAGAUGUUGAGAUCCAAGUAUGCCUGUUCCUCUUUGAUAUCCUCUACCUCAACGACCAAAAUGAUAUCAUCAAGAAGACCUUCAAGGAAAGAAGGGAUAUUAUGAAGGCCACUUUCCCUGAAGAAGAAGGAAAACUCAUGUACGCAGUCUCAAAAGAUGCAGAAAAAUUUGAAGAAAUCGAGGAAUUUCUCAAUGACUCAAUCAAAGACUCUUGUGAAGGCCUCAUGGUCAAAACUCUUGAAGAAAACUCAACUUACCAUCCUAGUAAAAGAUCGUUCAACUGGCUUAAACUCAAAAAGGAUUACCUAGAAACAUCUUUGGGAGACUCCCUCGAUCUUGUUGUCGUAGGGGCUGAUUACGGCAAAGGUAAAAGAACUGGCUUCUACGGAUCAUUCCUCUUCGCCUGAUUUGAUGAGGAUGCAGAAGUAUUCCAAACCCUAGUCAAGGCAGGGACAGGGUUUACAGAUGAAGACCUCAAGAAAAUGCACGAAGUUCUAAAUGAACUUGAGACAACAGAUCCUGAUCCAAGAAUUAAAUAUAAAGAAAAGAAUAUUGAUACCUGGUUUACUCCAAAACUAGUUUUAGAAAUCAAAGCAGCUGAUCUUACUAUCUCUCCAACUUACAUGGCAGCACAUGGCAGAGGGGAAGAAGACAAGGGCAUCAGUCUCAGAUUCCCUCGGUUCAUUAGAGUAAGAGAUGAUAAGAAGCCAGAAGACUGCUCAACCAGCGAUCAGAUUUACUCAAUGUACAGGAGCCAGCAAGCAGUUGCCCAAAACGACAUUUGUUUUGAUGACUACUAA